AUGAGCAACUUUAGUAAUAAAAAAGGUUAGAAAUUAUUCUUAUAUAGUAUGUAAAUAAACAAGAGCCUAAAACAAGAAGCAAGCAGCUGCUCCUAAUAUGUUAAAGAAAAUGAAACUGAUUUAGAAAGGGAAAGGAAAAUACCUAUUAGAAGUCGACGAUACUUUCAUCAAUUAACUUUAAUAAGCAUAACAAUUUUUAACAGAAUUAAAUGAUACUAUCCAUGGCCAAGUUGAAAUGACUUAAGGAAUGGCUCAAGAAUCAAACCCUUAGAUUGAGUUAUAAGAGGAUGAUGGAUCAUCUUCUGGCUCAGAAGAUAAAAGUGGAGCUCAAAUGUCUCAAUAGCCACAAGAAUAAUAAUCUUAAUAACCAAAUGAGGUGAAGGAAACGUAGGAUUUUUAUAGGUAAUUAUUAUAUGAAUUUAAUAAAGGCGUAUUCCUCAUUUUUUUAUGGGGAGAUUUAAGAAAUGGGCAAAAAUUUUAAAAGAAGAUGAUGUAAGUUCAUUUUUACAUCAAUUAAAGUCGAAUAAAAAAUCAAAAUAGGGAAGAUAUGAAUUAGGGGAUUUUCAUAAGUAAGAAUUUAAUUAUAAUAAAGGUGUUUUUAGAUAGACAAAAAUGAUAAUAAUGAAUAAUAGAAGUAGAAGAAAAAAAUAAAAGAAUUAUUUCUUGAAUUUUUAUAGAAUGAAGCAGUUCUUUAGAUUAUCCAAUACAACAAGAUAACUAAUUAAGAUUAGAAAGUAAGAAAUUAAUUUGGACUAGAUAAAAUACAUAGAUGUGAUUCCAAAUAUGGUUUAAGAAAUGUAUAGCGAUAAGCCAUUUGAUCAAUUUUUGGCUCAACAAAACAUUGAGAAAUAGAUAAACAAAAAAAAGCAAUUGUUAAAUGAGACCUAAGAAGUAAAACAAUAGUAAUCCCAGAUUCAACAAUUACCAUAAUAAAAGUAGGAUCCUUCUUUUGAGGAACCACUCAUGAAAUUUGGUCGAGAAAUGUCAUUUUAAAAUUGA